UACAGUCCUAUUUGGAGUGGGCUACCUGAUUUGCUCAGCGCGUCCGUCAAAGCGGUGCGUGGCCCUGCGUCGGCUAGCUGUGCGCGCUCAUAGGUCGGACCGAGAAGAAUCGGAGGGGGAGCAGGCAAAGUGCGCGCCUACGAGACUGCGCGCCGCAAGGAGGGGGAGAGGUCCAGCUGCAAAAAAAAGGAAGAAAAAAUACGCCGUGACAAUGGCAACAUCAAGCACCUCGUAAAAGGCAGAUAACAGGCGAGGGGGCGCCGCAAAUCGGGAGUUUGAGAGGCGACGGCCCCUGUUUGUCCCGAGAAGAAGCGGCGACAUUAGGACACGCUGGCUGUCCUAUAGCGCGUUUCCUGGAAUACGAAUUCUUCCGUAAUUGAAAAUGGAGCGGCGGGGGAGAGGAGAGUCGCGCUGUCUCCAUCGUUGAGAGGCGCGUCCACCUGCUAUUACUGGAGGCCCGGGCUGCUUCUGCUGCUGGUGGUGGCGGGGAGGGUGGGGGGGGAACAUGCAUGGGAAGUGUUUGCAUUUCUGGGGAAAGACGCAUCUCUGAUACUGUCCAAAGAAGCUGAGGAGGAUCCCAUUGCGACGGGGGAAAAACGCAGUUUUGGGCGCAUACGCUCUGGAGGUGGGACAGUCAAAAUGAUGCGUAGGAGGUGAAGCGUUGAGCCGUAUUGAUGGAUGUGUUAACAGACAGCAGUCUCACAUUGAUUGUGAAGACUUCAGAACCAGAAAAUGCAAAUGUAGCGGAGAGCACAGGAGUAUGUGAGCAGAGUGGCGAUCUGAGUCUGUGCGGCAUGGUUGAUGCUGCCCUCCCUCCAUCCUCCCCCCCUCCUGCCGCCGAGACGUCACAGCAGGCCGGCCCCACACACCAAAGGACCACGCCUGCAUCGCCAACCCUCUCCCUGCCCCUCGACUCUGACCCCUCUUUGGUCCUGACAGUGGCCCCCUGCCCUCCCUCCGAUGAUGCUCCAACUGUAGUCCCCGUCCUUCAGCACACUCCCGCUCCCACACCACUUCCUUCCCCAGCUGUAAGCUCCUGGGGCCCAACAGAAGACGGCCAGAAGGCUUCCCUUCUGCUGCCUGUCGCCCUCCCUCUGUCAACUACAAUGAUGGAGCCUGGCACUGUGUCUGCACUGACAGAGGAGUGUCUUCUUCAGCCCACCCGCACCUGCCUCGGCUGCUUCAUCGAGACCCGUGAUGCUACUGACCCUAAUUCCAUACAAAACCCGCCCCAUGACCCCAGCACCAACCCCGACACAGAGACUGGGCUCAGUGUGAGGAUAGGCGAUGUGAGCCGAGAGGACUUCUCUGACAUCAACAACAUCAGCAUCCAGUGCCUGAGCCAUGCGGGGGAGGCAGUGAGUCACUAUGGAGAACAGCUCCUCUCUGACCAGCUACUUAGCUUUCCUCUGCCGAAAGCCCCAGGUGAGGGCAAGAGAGCUGACGGAAACAAAACAACGGAAGACUGUGAUGACCCGGAGGAUGACGCAACAGCUAAGAACUUGUAUGAGGGACUGUUACUGGACAAAGUGAGCGGAGAGGAGGUUCUGCUGGCUAACGCCGGCCAGGACUGGGGCUACUUUGAAUCCUUCAUCAGUGAGAGUAAGAUGGAACUGCUGGACCUUUGUUCAAAGAAUGAACUGUCAGUCAACCUCUUCUCGGAGGAAGACGUAGACAAUCUAUUUGACGAUGAAGACGAUGAUUCAACGUUAAGCAGUGAUGUCUGUUCGCUGAAGAUUCGCUACGAGUCUUUCCAGGACAACAUGAGGGAGAAAACAAACGUGCUCCAGGAGGAGACACAGUUCAACUUCUUCCCCAGUGUCCUGGCCAACUGUGCCAAGAAAGAGGAAGGAGCGGGAGGCUUGAGGAGGAGCGCUGAGGAGCUUCAGCCCAAAUCUGAUGAGCUCAUCCUGGAGACAGGGCAGGAGGGGAAAGCUGCAGACUGCAGUGGCAGGAGCCCCCUCGGCGGUUCCCAAGGCUCACCCAUGUGCACUCCCAAAGUGAACUACCUAAUGGACUUUAAUUCCACGGAGGAGUCAGGCGAGUUCAGCGAUGAUAGCUCCUGCACCGGCUCCUCCUCAGACACCCUGCAGGAGGGCAGGUUCAAGAAGGGACACUCAAAGAGAUUGCUAAGCCCCUCUAACCCUCUCAACUACGGUUUGCGCUCCAAGAGAAAGGUUCGAUACAGUGACGAUUACUUAUAUGACGUAGACUCGCUUGAGAGUGAAAAGAAUGCAGAGAAAAAAGAGAAAGCUCCAGUUGGUCAAAAGGAGGAGGAGGACGUGGACUGGUGCCCCAAAAAGCGUCGGAAAUCCUGUCGUAAAGAGCCGCCAGUGGUCAUCAAGUACAUCAUCAUCAACAGGUUUAAAGGAGAGAGACUCAUGUCGGUGAAACUGGGCAAGUUGGACCCUGUGGAUACUGUGAGCUUAAACACAGAGACAGUGAGCAAAUAUGAGACACUGGCUCCUCUGAAGGAUUUCUGGCAGGAGAGGCAAAGAGAGAGACAGGAACAGCUUAAGCUGGCUGCCAGAGAUAAACAACAACGCGGUUUUCAUCUAAACGGACGCCGUCAUCGCCCUUUUAAUUCUAGUCAUCCCAAAAGGAAAUACAAGAUUGCAAACAGGCUUAAGGUUCAGAGGAUUCACGCUGUGGAGCAAUCAGCAACAGUACAGUGCUUUCCUCUCUCUGAUCGGGGCCAGGGAGGUGUCACUAAAGAAGAGGCCACCCCCACGGCAGGGGGAAUAAUAGCAGCCCCAGGUCUCCCAGUCACAUUAGACACAAACUCCAUCACACACACAGUCACAGCCAAGAGCCGCUCCCAGGAGAGGGAGGAGAGGGAGGGGAGGAGAUUGGGAGGAAAUAAAACAGUAAGGAUAAGGAAAUUCAAAAGCGAAGCCAGGCUGAGGAGCAAGAAAAUGAAAGAGGCAGAAGGAGAGGAGGGGAGGAGCGUGACAAAUGAAACGGAUGUCUGUGUUGCUGCAGCACAGAUUGAGGACCCCGCUGCUGGGUUGGAAGAGGCAGGCAUCAGUUCAACUACAGUCAAACCCCAUUUCUCUGACAAUACCACCACCGCUCACACAUCGGAAGAUAAAUUCUCCUUUGUUUCAUCCACUUGCUCUCCUGACAAAGCUCCCCCCUCAGAGGCAGUGGAAACGGGGGUCCCUGUUAUCCCGGGGGGCUACCUGCAGACCCUGUUAGAUGCCACAGACUCCUCCAGUGGGGCAGCUAUCUCCUAUUUCCCCCAGCAGCCCUCCAGGCAGCAGUAUCCUCUGGGGCUAUCCCUUGAGGAGAAACAGUUUUCUUCUCUGCAGCUCGCUCAGAGCUGCGUCCUCUCCCCCCCCUCGGAGUCAGAGCUCCAGCAAUCCCCCCAGAACUGCCCCAGCUUCCCCCAGAUGUGGCACACGCAGCUCUGUGCAAGUCACAGCCAGAGCUUUGGGCCAGAGACCCCUGAGACUCCCAUCUUACCCAACACCUUCCCAGCUGCUGUGCCCCUGAACGACAGCCUGCCAGUGUCUAACUACAGCCAGCUGAGCCCCGAGGCUGACAGGCUACUUUAUGAGAAGAACUACCUGACGGAGGCAGGGCUGCAGCCUGGGGCCGAUCUGCAAGUGUGUCAGUCUGCCUGUGUGGAGGGCCAGGUGCAAUACCAGAGAGGGUCCCUGUGCACAGACAACGGCAGGCUCAUCAGUUAUGACUCAGUGGGCUCUCUGUCAGCCUCCUCCAGCAAUUACAGCUCCCUCAGCCUCAAGUCCUGCGAGCGAGAGGGUGAGGAGGAGGGCCGCGACAGUUUCUUAGCUCAUUGCAGCCCUAAAGUGGUGAUUCAGCAGAGCGUGGACGCCCUCACCCCUCUCAGGGAGUCCUCAGACCUGCUGGACAUCUCCAACUUCACCCCAGACAAGUUUAGACACUCAUCACUGUCGGAGCUCUCCCCUCCCGAGACCCCCAACCUGUCCCCCCAGGUGAUGGGGCGUGAGAUGAAGAUGGCGGGGAACGUUGGAGACUACCAGGAUGUUAAUGAUAUGAGCAUGGACUGCAACAGAGAGGUAAAGUGGAACUGUGAUGUCAUGCAGCAACAAGAGCACACAGCAAACGCAUACACUGUGGAAGACAGACAGUUUCCGCUGCACAACUUCAACAGUCAGGAUGUGCUACACUUAGACAAAAAGGAAGAAUUUGAUGAAAAGACUGGUGAGAUGUUGGCUGGUGCAAAAAGCAUUAAGUCAAAGAGGAAAGGCAAUUGCAAACAGACAGCUGCAGGACAGAGCCCAAAGAAAGUCCGGGCUCCCAGAGCUCCUAAGUCAGAAAAGGUCAAGACCCCCAAACAGAACUCACGUUCUACUAAAAAGAUAAAGGCCAUGUUAGAGGGCAAGGCAGCGAAGAACCAGGCGGGUAGUUGUGGCCCGGGCCUGACUGACAGUAGCAGCACUGGGGACUGGUCUGGCGCCGGCUGGUCCGAGAGCAACAGCCUGGUUGGGGACGACCAGAGAGAAUUCGAGGAGCCCUCAAAUAUUCUGUCCAACAUUGUCUCUGGCAUGGCAGAGGUCCAAAGGUUCAUGAUGGCCUCCAUUGAGCCACUGUGGAAUCCCAUGUCGGAGGCCUGCAUGCCCUCUGAGGCCAAUAACCUCAACCUAAAGACCCUAAAAAUCUUGGCAGGCACAGAGGCCGACCUGAAGAAAAAAGGAGCUGCGCUAACGGGGGCCGGGAAAGGCAGGAAGGCAGGGGGAAAGGGAGGGAAAAACCAGGCCAAAUUCAACCCCUCUCAUCCCUUAUUCCCUCAACUAGCGCUGGGCUGUAACAUGUUUGAUAAACCCAACUUUAUUAACCCUGGGCCCGCACACAAAAAGCUGUACCGCCACAAGACCAGUGCAAAGUUCCCGCGGAUUGAGACACUGAAGGGGAAGCGAGCUGAGAGAGACCCAAAUAAGGACAUAGCACUGAUGACCUCUUUUGAGAAACUGAGAAUAUGGAUGUCCUGUUGUUGCUGUCCUUCAUACACUGCCUGGCUCAUUUCAAGAAGGAAACCUACGAUUAAUGAGCCCAAUUUGAGCCCGAGACAUCUUGAAUAAACAAGAUGGGACACUUUUGUAUUGAUGACAUAUCAGACGUCUUUUUUCCCCCCUCAAAGUUGGAACGUCUCCCCAUUUCCUUUUAUCGAGCGGUUCUUUUUCCUCUAGAGUUUAGAGGAAUCUAAAUGUACAUUUUUACGCCUUGCAAAUUCAUAAAAGCUCCACCCUCAGAGUAUUUUUGUCAAUGUUGUUGUACAGAGACAUGCAAUAUUUGCAAAAAAAGAUGAUUAUAAUCUUAAAAUCAAUGUGCCAAAAGUAACAAUGCUGUGUAAAUGACCUCUUAUAUAUGUGUGAAUAUUGGCUGUUCCUCUUUUCUAUCCAUUGGAGUAUUGGCUGCUCGGGCUGGAGACUCCUUACAGAGACUUGCCACUACAGGAAUUCUUUAUUUGGGACUUUUCUCUCUUCUCUGAUGAAAGGCACCAACAGCUGGCAGUGGUACGCCACCACUCACUAAACCAAAUCAGAAAGACUCUGAAUUCUCCUCGUUACCCCCACUUUGUUUGCCAAAUUCAAUUUACCUCAACAUCGCCUGGCACUGAGAAGCAACAAAAAAGAGGCAAAGGGGAGAUCUGCUCUGAAGGCUACUGUAGAGGAAGACGAUGAAAAGAAGAGAUGCUCAAACGAGCUUUCUGUGGACCACGGAGAGUGUAGUGCAGAUGUUUGAGGGUAAGCAGGGGAACUAUUUGUCAGUCGGGGCUGUGCCUCGCUGAAUAGCUGUUUUGUACUGAAAAUUCAAGGCAGUUUAUUACCCAUCGAGAUUCUGAUUCACGCAUCAGUCGUGAAUGGACAUGACAUUUUUGCAGUUAGAUUUAAUGUGAAUGUGAAAGCAGUUUUCGGUAAAAAUGGAAUCAGUAAUCUUGUAAAUGAAGGAAAGCAUGUCUUUGCAUUAGCUCCACAUGGGAAUCUUACUUCUAUCUAACCUGAGAUGGUCAUUUAAACAGUAAUUUUUCUUGACAUUCUCAUGUAAUUUGUGUCUUAACACUGCCAUACCUUAUAAGUUGCACCGCUGGUGUGUUCAGUCUAUUUAUUUUGGUUCUGUUGUCACAUAAUGUCUUAAUUUUUCUUCUUUUUUUGAAGAUCGUUUUUUAUAUGGUGUCUUUAACUGUCAUUUCAGUUGUUGAUGGGUCAAUAUUUUGGCAGAAAAUAAUAUCACUAGAAAAUCAAAGCCAGAUAAAGGCACAAGUUGAAAAAGAAAAUGUAUUGAUACUAUCUGAUCCAGUGUGUUCCCGGGGCCAUUUUUAUGAAUUACUAUGGGCUCACUCUGCCUCACUGCACUGAAAUAAAUCCACCUUAAAAUGAACCAUACAAUCAUGUUAAAUCAGAUGUAUUAUUUGAUUUUAUAUACUACAUGUAUUUCAGGAGAAAUGCAGAGCCACUUCAACUUGCUACAAGAGUAUCUUUUAUAAAUAUAUACUCAAACAAUAGGCCUUUAUUUACACUUUCUUUUGAAUGUUGAAUAUCAUUUUUAAACAUAGCAGUAAUUACAUGAGACUGCAUGGAGAUGUGCGGACAAAUGAAGCUUGAUUCAAAAACAGGCCUUGUCACACUGGAUUUGGUAAUUCUGAGGUGAUAGUAAUUGAUUGAUUGCAUAUGGCAAGAAUCAAAAUCAAUCUUUCUCUGUCUCUUAUUUUUUCUAUCCUCUCUGCCAUGAUCCUUUGUUUCUUUUCUCCAGUGUAUCAGGGUUAGGACCAAGCUGCUGAUGGGAAGCUCCUCAUGGGCUGCACGCCCAUUUAGUCUGCCUUCUCUCAUUUCUGCCUAUUGUCAAAUUGAAUGUACUUCUCUGAGUUCAUUGUUUCUUUGUUGGUUUCUCUUGUUUUUGUUUUUAUAAUGUGCCACUGUUGAGCUGCCUCAUGUUAAUGGUGCUAAGAAAGCUGACAAUUAUUUUAUUUUAUUCAUUUUCGUUUUCAUUUUUUUGUUUUCCCAGAGUUAACAAAAAAGAAAUGCAAAAUAGAUUAGGUACCUAACCCUCUUAUGAAUGUAUAUUGAAAUGUUAUGUUUGAUGUAUUCACUUCAUGAUUCUUUGACAUUGAUUGAAAUUACUUUUGCUCUUUUCAUUAAAAGAUUACCGAGCUUUAUAUAUACUGUCUAGAGUUGUUACCAGAAGGAAUCUUAAUGAACUCUUGACACUACAAAAUCUUGUAUAUUUUUUGUGUGCCAAUUUGUAACAUAUUUUGUAAGUGUAUAUUUUUCUUAGAAAGUGCUGUGAAGUAUUUGUGUGUGUGAGUAACCUUUUAUGCGCCUCUAUGGGCAGUGGAAAGGAUAUACAACGACAAGUUUCUGGUUUUAAAAACCAAAAUAUGAAAGUAUCAACAGAAAAACUAGAAAUAUUUACAUUUUGUUGGGAGUUUUGUAAUAAGACCAUGAUCUUGUUGUGAGAGUGUUGUGUUACUGUGCAAAACACAAAUAAGCAAAGAAAAAAAAUGAAAACCUGGAAAAAAUAUAUAAUUUGUGAACAAUUUGCUGUUUUAUAGAUUUUCAUGUAAAUUAUUUGAGUAUUAUUUUGUUUUUUGUUUUGUUGUAACUGUUGCAAAGGUUUUAAAUAUUUGUGAUCAAGCCUGUAUGGUGAUAAUGUAAUAUUGGUAACUUGCUGAGUUUUGUAAUAAUGUUUAUGGAGUAAAUAUACAAAUUAAAAUAAGAUUUUGAAUGCU